AUGCGAUUAAUUAAUUUAUUUCAGUCUUUAAAAUCGAGUUCACAAGUGCAAAUAGUGCGUUAUAGUUCGGAGUAUGUGCCGAAAGCGCUUCGUAGUUUAAAAGCAAAGUCUACGCGGAAUACAGUACAGUAUUAUGUGGAUUCCUUCCGAGUGAGAGCCGUCGGUGGGUCCGGCGGAGAUGGAUGUAUAUCAUUCUUAAGUGCGUGGUGUAAAGAUCAUGCAGGACCUGACGGAGGAGACGGUGGGAACGGAGGACAUGUUAUUUUCCAGGCAACAUAUGCAGCGAAGAGUUUGAACCACUGCAAGUCCGUAGUGCAGGCGCUUCCAGGGGAGCGCGGGUUCAACAAGGACUGCAAUGGAAAGAACUCGCAGCAUGUCAUUGUGCCCGUACCUAUCGGUACUAUAAUCCGAGACGAGACGGGUCGUGUAGUGGGUGACCUGAAUUCGGAGGGGGUGAUGUUUGUCGCGGCUAGAGGGGGUGCGGGGGGCAGGGGGAACAAAUUCUUCCUCACCGAUACUGAACAGGCGCCGAGCGUGGCGGAACUCGGCGCUAAAGGAGAGAGCAACGUGUAUGUCCUAGAGGUGAGGUCCAUGGCACACGUCGGACUCAUCGGGUACCCCAACGCGGGUAAGAGCACAUUGCUCCGCGCGUUGACUCGCGCGCGCCCCACCGUGGCACCGUAUCCGUUCACGACGCUCAGACCGCAUAUUGGGAUGGUACCGUAUGAUGACUACGAGCAGGUAGCGAUAGCUGAUCUACCGGGUUUGAUUCCCGGCUCGCACAAGAACUAUGGUUUAGGGAUACAAUUUUUGCAACACGCUGAGCGGUGCAGAGGUCUAAUAUAUCUCUUGGACGGGGCUCAGGAUCCCCAAGAGCAGUACGAGGUGCUUCGCUAUGAGCUCUCACAGUACAGUGAAGCCCUAGGCCGUCGCCCCUCGACCCUAGUUAUAAACAAAAUAGAUUUGCCCGAAGCGCGAAAGACAUAUGAAAUACUUAAAGAUAAGAUGUCCGUGAUUGGUGUAUCGGCUAAAACUGGACUUAAUUUAGAUUUAUUAUUACAAGUCGUUAGGAAAAUGUAUGACAGCGAGAGUUCAUAG